CGUAAACAUUAUGUCUGUAUUGUAAAUAAUAUGCCAGAAGAGCCUAUAAGAAUAUAGAGAUUUUUUUUACCAAUUAUUCAAUAAAAUUCGGAACCACUUAAGCAAUUUGCAUUCAAAACUGGGGAUGUACCGGACCUCAACGUUAUUAGCCACAAUCUUGGCCCUGGCUCUGGCUUAUCCAGAACCGGACAGCAACGCCACACCCAAAGAUGGAGAACCCCUGAUAGUCGCUACCCCCAUGGGGCAAAUACAAGGCUCUGUGAUCCAAUCUAGAUUAGGAAAACCCAUUUACUCGUUUAGGGGCAUUCGGUAUGCCAAAGCACCUGUAGAAGAGCUACGAUUCCAACCUCCAGUUCCUAUAGAAAAAUACGAUGGUGUUUAUAAUGCCACUGCUGAUCGUCCAAUGUGUCCUCAACCCACUACUGAUCCAACUUCAGAAGACUGUCUUUAUCUCAAUGUUUACACUACCAAGCUACCAAAAGGCAGCGACAAAAAUGUAAAAAGGCCAGUCAUAGUCCACAUUCAUGCUGGUGGUUUUUACAGUGUAGGAUCAGCAAGUUAUUGGGCUGGACCUCAAUAUUUUAUGGAUCAGGAUAUAGUGUUAGUUACGUUCAACUACCGAUUGGGAAGUUUAGGAUUCUUGGCUACAGGUGAAAAGGAAGCGACUGGUAACAAUGGACUUAAAGAUCAAGUGCAGGUAUUGAAAUGGGUCAAGAAAAAUAUUGAGGCUUUCGGUGGUGAUUCUAACUCUGUUACCAUUUUGGGAUACAGUGCUGGAGCAAUAAGUGUCGUAUUGCAUAUGGUCUCGCCUAUGUCAACAGGUCUGUUCCACAAGGCUGUAGCCAUGAGCUGUUCACCAACAGCUCAAUGGCCAAUUAGACACGAACAGCUUGAUUUAGCCAGAAGACAAGCCAAAUUCGUGGGAUGUCCCGAUGAUACUCCAGCAAAUAUACUCAAGUGUUUGAAAACUAAACCUGCUAAUGAUUUGGGACAAUCUUUGCCUAAAUUUGCGGAGUUUGGAACAGAUCCAGUACUAAUUUGGACUCCAGUCAUGGAAAAAGACUUUGGACAACCACGAUUUUUGCAUGCUCAUCCAAUCACUCUUAUCAAAAAUGGCGAAUUCCAGAAGGUACCGUUCAUAACUGGAGUUACUACUGACGAGUUUGCCUACAAAGCUUUUCUGGUUGUGAAUAAUGAAACCCUUCUGAAGCAACUUAACGAAAAAUGGGAAGAAACAGCCCCAAUUCCAUUCUUAUACGAACGCAACACCGACAAUUCCAAAACUAUUAGCAAAGCACUGAAGAAGUUUUACUUUGACGAUAAGCCAAUUGACAAGUCGAAUAUGGCUAGCUUAGGACAACUCUACGCUGACUCUAUGAUCGGUUUUGGUGUUAACAGAGCUGUUAAGCUUAUAAGCGAAAGAAAUAACGCUUCAACUUACUAUUAUAAAUUUAACUACCAAGGAAGAUAUAGUCAUUAUUAUACGCCUGAUAGUAAUGGAACAAAACCAUUCGGAGUUGUCCACCAUGACGACCUCAUUUAUCUCUUUUACAUUUCCAAACUGUUUCCAUUAUUCAAAGAGAGUUCACCUAAAGAAGUUGAAAUGGUAAAUAAGCUAACCAUUUUGUACGCAAACUUUGCCAAGUUUGGGACACCAAUUCCUACUCCAAAUGACAGGCUGGACAACGUAAAAUGGGAACCUUACAACAUCAAAACCCAAAAAUACUUGGACAUUGGCAACAAAUUGACGUUACAAGAAAAGCUUUUCGAAAAACGAUACGCUGAAUGGGAGAAAUUAUUUCCCUUGGAGAAAUACGACAAAAUCAAAUAGAAAAUGAAUAUGUUUUUGUAAAGAAACUUAUAAUAACCCUUGCAAUGGAUAUGGUUUUUGUAUGUAGGUAUUAAGCGCAAUAAUAAAAAAAAAAACAAAAAAAAAAUAAUGUUAUGCCUAGGCGAUGUUUUCUUCGCUUGACAGGUAUUAUCUACUAGAUUGUAAAUAUUAAUCUGUUUGUAUGACGAUGUUAAAUAAAUAAAGAAUUAUUUUGCUAAGAAAUGUUUUCUAAAUAAUCACACAGAUAGCUAUCUAUGGUUGAUGCGGUGAGAUGCAGAAAUGGACUGCAGAAUUUUUAUAGA